UUCUUGAGCUUCAAGCAAGAAGAUGGCUUCUCAAGUGCGUCAGAACUACCACAAGGACUGUGAAGAUGCCGUCAGCAGGCAGAUCAACAUGGAACUCAAUUCCUCCUAUGUUUACCUUGCCAUGUCCUCUUACUUUGACCGGGACAAUGUUGCUCAGCACCAUUUUGCGGAGUUCUUCAGGAAGCAGUCCCGUGAUGAACAGAAGCAGGCUGAGAAACUGAUGGAAUACCAGAACGCCCGUGGAGGUCGGCUCUUGGUCAAGGACAUCAAGAAGCCAGAGAAACAUGAGUGGGGUAAUGGACUGGAGGCUAUGCAGAGUUCUCUGCAGAUGGAGAAGGAUGUGAACCAGAGUCUGCUGGAUCUACACAAGCUCGCCAACCAGCACACUGACCCAAGCCUGCGUGAAUUCUUGGAGCACCACUACUUGGACGACCAAGUGAAGAUGAUCAAGAAGCUUGGAGAUCACGUCACCAAUCUGAAGAGACUGGGAUCCCCUGAGAAUGGCCUGGGAGAGUACCUGUUUGACAAGGUCUCCCUGAAGUGAACAGGAGGUGAAAGUUGAAGCUUUAUCUGAAUUGUCACGUUCUCAUCCCAUUUGACUGUACAAAGCUGUGGAAUGCUAAUAAAAUAUUUAUUCAUGGCCUGGCUUUUGUCUUUGAGGUGCUUAUUU